UUUCAGCUACACGGAAAUCAGUGUGUGUCUAUGGAAACAUGGCCGAGGUCAGACAGCGAUUUGGAAGAGGAAUACAGCACUUUGCACACAGAAUAUACAGCCGCUACCUGUCGGAGACCCACAGCAAACAGAGAAAAAGUGCGGUACAGGCUUCUUCUUUAUCAGCGGGCUUUCUGUUGGGUGACAUCCAAACCGCCGGACUUUGUGGAGCUGAAAAUGCUGCUGACAGAGAGGCUGUUGGAGCCUCACAGUACAGGGUACAACCACAGCUGGCUGCUGGAAAGGGAAGCCGAAAUGUUGUUGAAAGCUACUACUACGUCGAUCACCAACAGUAUUCACUUUCUAGCAGAACGUGGGUAGAAAUUUCAGAAAGAACCCGGAGCUAUUUGAAGCCUUGGAUGACUUUCUCCAACCAGCAGAGCACUUGUAGUUUGUAUUGUGGACAGUUUCUGUUUACCAGAGCCUAUAGCGGUAACGGAACCAGAUCCGAGCCUCUUUACAAAACCAAAACAGGCUAUUAUGAAAUCUUGGAGGUGUCACCUACCUCCACUCAAGCCCAGAUAAAAACAGCCUACUACAAGCAGUCGUUCAUUUAUCAUCCAGACAGAAACGCCGGAAGCGACGAGGCCACAGUCCGCUUCUCCGAGAUCAACGAGGCCUACACGGUUCUGGGGAACAAGGGCCUCCGCAAGAAAUACGACCGAGGACUGCUGACUGCGGCCGACCUCACUGGAACAGCCAGACCCUCCGCCAAGGACUCAGGGAAGCCACAAGCCGAGAGAAAGCGCUCUGUGAUGGGCAGAGACAGCCAGAGAGGUGUGUUUGAUUUCGACGAGUUUUUCAGGUCUCACUACAGCGAGCAGCUGCAGAGACAGAGAGACAUCCGAGUCCGCAAAGAGGAGAUGCUGAGGAAGCAGCAGGAGGACGUUGGAGACAAGAAGCUGGGCAAGAUGACAGAGGUCGGAGUUGGGGUGCUGAUGGUGACAGCCAUCUGUAUCCUACUGAGCUUAAGACAGUGAUGUGCAGGGGCAAAGCUGGAGGAUGUGGUGGUACUGAACACCGACACAAAUCUGCUGCGGGUCCUUUGAAUCUCCACCACCCGAUGAAACACUGCUGAUAAAGCUGCAAUAAUCAGUCACUCACUUGAUUAGUAAAUUAACAUGUUCAAGAACCAAUUGAUUUCUUUGUUUAAUGUGAUUGUAGCAUUGGUAUAUUUGGUAUAAAGACUGUAGCUCAAACUAAACAAGCAGUCUGAAGAUGCCACCUCCAGUUUCACAAAAUGUAAUCUCCGUUUGUCCCUGUUACCUGGCAGGGAAGUAAUUGUGUGUUGUAGCCCUGAAUGUGCACGUGAGCAGCCAUACUCAGUACAUUUUUGUCUCACUUUGCGAAUACACUACUUGAAUAUUUGUUAAAAAUGAAAUGCAACUCACUCCAUCUUACAUUUCUUCCUCUUCCGGCUUUUGCUUGGUGUUCUGAUCUCUUAUCACUUUAGUUGUAAUUCUUAUCUCCCCACUGUGCCAACAAGUUAUCAGCAUGUCAUCUCCUGCCAACAGAGGAGUGGCUGAUAUACAGCCGUUUAGUACCUCAGUUCAACUACUUUGGCUUUCAUAAAGUCCUCUGUCAGGCCGAUUUCAUUAUCUGUAACGGUGAAGCAAGUUUUAAUGACAUUUUAAUGUAUUGCUAUUUAUGAAAUAUUUAUAGCAAUGUCAGAAAGGGAUGAGUCAUGUCUUGAAAGCAUUAGAACUGCAAUGUUGUGCUCAGAUGGUUGUGUUAAAGAAUGUGCCUUUAAUGAUAUUUAUUGUAAAAAAUCACGACUUAUAUUGACCAAACGUAUAAUAAAUAAAUUACUUAUGAGCAGUGCUUAUCAGAGCACAGCCAAACAAA